UUCUUGCAGUUGAUCUCGAGUGCGAGCUUUCAUGCUCCUUGCAGCAAUUGCUUCAGUGCGACAGUGGGUUUUCAAUUGGUUACAAAUGUGUGAAGAAUCUGAAAUGGGUGUUUUGUGUUUUACCAGAAGUUGAGUGAUCAGACAGGCUCAGCGGUGUAAGGCUGCUUUUGCUGCCUUAAUUGGCACCAUGUGUCCCUCAAAGGAGAGAAUGAAGUAACAGUCUAUCAGUCUUGGCGUAGACCUGGUCCCUAGUAGGUGAUUUAGCGUUCGGGGGCAUCCAUAUACGCGUACUUGGGUAUAUUGAAACGAAGUAAAGCUGUUCCUGGAAACUCCCUGACCAAUUUCACCUUUCUCUAGGUGCGUAUAUACGUAAGCGUAUCAUUUUCCACGUUGUGACCUUUCUUAUAGACUAAUGAUCCUUUUUUUGCUAUCAGUUUGUCAUUCACAUAAUGAAUACUUGGGGAUUACCAGUAACUGCAGAAGAUAAGUGUACCGAUUAUUGGUGUGUGCCUUGUUGCGCCCUGGUAAUUCAUAGUCUAAAAUAUGUGUUGGGAAGGAGAGUAUCGUGUUUUGCAAGUCUAAAAAUGUUUUGUCUGGAAACUCCCAGAAUUUGAGCAUUAGCUAUUCUAAGUGCUCUGGUUCUAGAAACUGAAGAAAAAAAGAAAUGGUGUUAUGUAUUACUUAAACUGUGGUGCUAAAUCAUCCUGCCUAGGCAGCGAGGGCAGCGCAAGGAUCGAAACGUGGAAGAAAGUUGGUGCGCUGAAGUGAAAUACUAAGGACUAAAAUAUGUCGAAAUGGGUGCUGUUGCCGCUUUAAAGCUUAAGCGGAGUUUUACUAGACCUGACCGAUGGUAGGGCUUUAAGUAUCUGCAGAGGCACUGUAGUUCAGUGAAGAAAAGACGACGAUGAAUGAAUUCCUCUUUGGUCUGAAGUUGGUUUUACAACCUGUAAGAGUUAUCAUUCAAAGCCUACACAGACUGUUAGAGUUAAUUUUUAUCAAACUAAUUUUUAAAAUUGGGCAAAGUGUUUAAUUGCUGACAGCUUUAUCCAAGUAUCUCCAGCAUUAAGCAGCCCUGCUGUGAUGGAAAAAACAUUGUCCGUGCACAAGAUUUUCUGAAGGGGGGAGGCUUCAGCCCCUGAUUCUCCUGGUGUAUCUUAAUAGAAGGGUAGAACUGACUGGGAAAAGCUAAUUCUUACUAACUUGCAGUCUUUUUAAGAUGAAGAAUCUUGCAGCGGAGUGUGUGGCUGGGAGGGCACGGCAACCUGAUUAUGGUCCUGAUAAGACUUCAGGAUAAUGUGGGAUCCCCGCAGAGGUUCUUGCUGCGAGACUUCUCAGAUGCAGUUCACGUCCAGUUGAGUCACAAAUGAAAUCAGGCAAUAAAUGACAGUGUGAUUCAAGUUUUCCUUUGCUUGUCUUUUAAAUCUAUCUACCAAGGUGAAUUAGAAAUUCCAGGGUUUGGUGCUUUUAAUGUCAGGUAAUGGAAAUGGGGAUCCCUGCGUAGCCUGGGUUUUCUCACAGAAAUUAUUGAAAUCACACUCGUGCUUAACAUCGACAGGUUGUGGCAAACGCUUGUGUGCGGGGCUUUCUCACGCGUCCAGGAACGUUGCGGUGAAGCCCAUCAGAGGAUCUGACAUGCGCUUUGCUAACGUGGCGCGAGUUUCUGCAGUGCCUCCUCACCAUCUUACCCCUCGGGAAAUACAGUUCUAGAACGGUUGUGGAGUGCUCAAGGUGGCUGCUGAGGCGCCGGGUGAUAUCCCACGCCUGGUCCGGCGGGUGCUGGGCGAUGGUCUGAGGACACCUACUGGGCACAGCGUUUGCUUCAUCUCUGCUUUUAAACGUGGAGGAGUUUAUACCUGGGUGUUCAGGCUCCUGGUGCGUAGCCACAGGAAACAUCAAAUAUUUUGAACAAAACUGUAGAAUGGUGGCUUGUGUAAAUCUAAAGCAGUGCCUAAAGGAAGAAACGCAACACUUCUGACCUGGCUCGUGCUGCUCUUGGUGCGCCUGGCACUUCGGUGUCCUGUUGGGCUGUAGGACAAUGAACUUGUACCUGGGCUGGGGGUCUCAACUUCGCUAAUCCAUAACAUGGUGGCAGUGCUGGAAGUCAUCUCCAGCCUGGAGAAAUAUCCCAUUACCAAAGAGGCACUUGAGGAAACAAGACUUGGGAGGCUUAUCAAUGAGGUGAGGAAGAAGACAUCCAAUGAGGAACUUGCCAAACGUGCCAAGAAAUUGUUGCGGAAUUGGCAAAAGUUGAUAGAACCUGUAACCCAGAAUGAACCGGUGCCAAGGGGGCUGCCGAAUCCACCCGGAUCAGCAAAUGGUGGUGCUCACAACUGCAAACCAGAAGCGCAACUUCCUGCUGUGGCCGGAUCAAAGCCUAUCAGCGAGUUGAAAAGCAGGAAUGAUAUACAGAAACUAAAUUCUCCAAAACCAGAGAAAUUGGGAAAUCGGAAAAAGAAAGGUGAACACAGGGAUGGGCAUCAGGGCCCUCCUGCCCCAAAAGUCUCCAAAGCUAGUCAUGAAGUAUUACAAAACUCUUCACCUCCUCCAACAAAUGGAAUUGGAGGUAGUCCUGAAAAUUUUCCUAGCCCUGUAGACGUAAGUUUACAUGCAGGGCCCGAAAGCGGCAGGACAGAACUCAGUGAAAAUGAUAAACACAAUAAGAUCCCAGUAAAUGCUGUAAAACCUCACACCAGUUCUCCGGGACUCGUAAAACCUUCAAGCACUUCCUCAUUAUUAAAGACUGCAGUGCUUCAGCAGCAUGAUAAAUCGGAAGAAACCACAGGACCGCACCAACCUAAGAGUCCUCGCUGUUCCUCGUUUAGCCCUAGAAAUGUCAGGCAUGAUACUUUUGCUCGGCAGCAUACUACGUACUCACCAAAGGAUUCAAUGCCUAGUCCGUCUCAAAGGUCUCAGUUCUUGGAUACUGCACAGGUGCCAUCACCGCCACCAUCCUUGAUGCAACCAUCAACACCUCCAAUGCCAGCAAAAAGACUGGAGUUCUCUCAGCAAUCAGUACCUGAGGUGUCUCAGCACUGGCAGGAGCAGCAGGUACCUUCUGAAAGCCAGCACAGGCACACAGCAGGGACACUUCAACAGCACACAUCGCCCAGCUGCAAAACCAGCUCCCACCCGGGGGAAUCUCUCACGCCACACAUGGGCUUUUCACAGGACACUUCAAAAAUGGACAGUGAUGAUGCUGCUUCAGGUUCCGAUAGUAAAAAGAAGAAAAGGUACCGACCCAGAGACUACACAGUCAACUUGGAUGGACACGUGACAGAAGGGGGGGUGAAACCUGUGAGAUUAAAAGAGAGAAAACUCACUUUUGACCCCAUGACAGGACAGAUAAAACCUUUAACACAGAAAGAUCCUUUGCAGGUAGAAAUCCCUGCACUUACUGAACAGCACAGGACAGAAAUGGAAAAGCAGGAGCAAAAACCCAACCUGCAAAGCCCUUUUGAACAAACGAACUGGAAAGAAUUAUCCAGGAAUGAAAUCAUUCAGUCGUAUUUAAACAGACAGAGUAGCUUGCUGUCUUCAUCAGGAGUACAGACGCCAGGAGCUCACUACUUCAUGUCUGAAUAUUUAAAGCAGGAGGAAAGCACUAGAAAAGAGGCUAGAAAGACUCACGUUCUAGCUCCUAACAGCAAACCUACAGACUUGCCUGGGGUCACGAGGGAGGUCACAAGUGAUGACCUCAACAGAAUAUGUGAACAUAACUGGCCAGGCGUGAACGGUUGUUACGACACACAGGGUAACUGGUAUGAUUGGACACAGUGCAUAUCUCUAGAUCCACAUGGGGAUGAUGGUAGAUUGAACAUCCUGCCUUACGUCUGCCUAGACUGAGUACAGUUUUGCUAAAAAUGCUUUUACAUCUGCAGUUAGCAAAAAAAAAAAAGGCAGACACGAUGCCACUUAAACGGAGAAAUGUCCUCCUGUCCUGGACAAACAGGCCCAACGAGCAGAGGGUGUGAGGGAGCUGGUUCUUUACAGCUCUUUCCUUUAAAUUCUCCUUUUGUGAAAUGCUGCUACCAGUUUACUAACAAUUGCAAAGGAAGGCAUACGAAGGUUGAUAAAUUGAGUUCAAAACUCUCUAGCGAGCCAGCUAUAAAAAAGUGUUAGUCCCCAAGAAGUGAAGAGGAUUUCCAGCACUUUCUGAAUGCCGGAAUCUUAUUACAGGCAGGUACAGAGAAAAUUCUGGAAGUUACCUUAACAAAAUAUGCAUCUAUUUAUUUGACUUGAUUUGGGUUUUUAUUUGGCAGUGAGAUAUUUGAGAGACAAUGUGCAAAAACUGUAGUUUUAUUUGUAUCACAUCUCUGAACAUGAUUGCGUUUUCUUUAUUUUUUUUUAAAGUCAUGUGGUACGGAGAUUGGGUUUUAAACAGCAGGUGUUGCACUGCAGGCCGGGAGACCGGCUUCAGCUCAACAUUCCAUAGGCAUCCACAUAUUUUAGUCUGGUUUCAGUUUAAAUCCAGUCUCUGAGAAAUGCUGCAAAAACUAGAUGUUUAACGAUAUUUUUGAUCCCACCACCACCAGCCAAAUAUUUUUCCUCCUUUUCCCGUCCUGCAAACUUCUAGGAGAAAAAAAAAAAAAAAAAGAAAAAUCACCUUUUCUAGAAUCUAAAUGUAAUGAGGGUGCUACAAGUUUGUAACUGUACUGUGAGAGGGAAAAAGGAAGCCUGUUUGUAUGCUGGAAAUAUACUUGUUACCAUUCCUUUAGAUAUUGUUUGCCUUAUGGAUAUCCAUCAUAAACGCAAUUUGCAAAAACAAAGAGCCUUAGUGAAUGUACAGUAACUAGACUUCUGUGUUCUUGGGAUGCAGAAGGGAGCAACUUUGCUAUUUGGUCCUUUAAGUGGACACAUUGUGAUAUAAAUGUGGAAAUAAAAAAAAUUUGCACAAA